CUUUUUUUUGUUUAAUAAACGCUUCUCCUUCCUUCUAUUCGUAACAGUCGCGUUAAUUCCGGUUGUUACAGGAAAGAAACGAUAUCAACAACUAUAUUUUAUAUUAAUUAGUAACUAGUAAUAUAUAUAAUAUAUUAUAACAAUCAUGGGUUUCUUUCGUAACCUUUGGGACGAAGCCCUCGCCGGAUCCACCUCCGAUUCCGGCGUCGGGAAGCUUCGCCGGUAUAACUCUCUCCUCUCCCGUUCCGGUAACCCUCCCACCGGAGAUAGUACCCCAGUCUCUCGCAGCAUCACUAUUCUCCGAACCAACAGCCUAUCAGGUUCCAGCGCCUCCGGUUCCACCCCAUCUUCUCCCACCGGUUCCAGCUCCGCCGGUUCAGCAACAUCACCUGGCGGCGAUUUCAAAAAACUGACACGGAGGAAAUCCACUGCAGACGCCCACCGCCGGGAGCCCAAAAGCCCUACUGGUUAUGAUUGGAUCGUUCUGACUUCUCUGGAUCGUUGAAUGAAGACCUACUAAUGAGCUCUCAGAGGAACAUCCUUGUGUAUAUAAUGUAUAAUAAUAAUAAUAAUAACCUAGCUAGCUUGUGAAUAUGUAUAAUAUUGCAGCAGCCCGUGAUAUAUAUAACCGGUGAGGCGUAACCUAGCUAAUGUAUUUAGUGUUAGUAAUCAAUAAGAUGCUUCAGAAGACGCAGAUCAAUGGAGCCAUGCAUUGCUGCGUGCUUGCUUCACGUUUCACAAAGAGGAAAACCAACUCCUUAUCUUUUUGCUUGUAAAUAUGUAUGUAUAUAUGUCCUAUUUUCUUCUUUGUGUAAAUUUGAACCCUAUGAAUGAAGCUUCUAUCAUUGUAUAGCA